UCGUAUUUCGCGUGACCCGUGUGACCCGUAUUUUGGUACCUAUAAUUUAUGGUUAACAAUUUGGAAAAUGAGAAGGAUUUUGUGACUUUCGGUUAAUAAUUAAAAUGUUUAUUCAUUCAGUUAGCGUUCCAAAGAAUUAUAAAAUAGCAGCAAAUAUUGUUCAGAAGGUUUCUGAAGAGGGUGGUAGCUUUAAAACUUUAUUAUACGACGAUAAACUAAAACAUUUUAGAAUAAAUGUGCUUUACGCACUGAUCAAUGAAACUAUUAAACAUGCUGUUGAUAUCCAAAACUUGUUUGAAAGCACCGGUAUUUUGGUGAAUGAACCACGUUUAAACCCUUGGCUGGCGAAAGUUCUUACUGCAGAACUGCUUUAUGGGAAAAAGAAAUUGCCAGGAAAGAGCAAACCAGAGCAAACAAUAUUGUCAUAUACAGAGCAAUUUAGGAAAUUGAUACCUGAAGUUCAAGACGAUGAAAAAACUAAAGUUCGCAGGCCCCGUUACGUCCGCAUAAACACGAAUCUACUAACAACCUCUGAUGCUAUAAGAGCAUUCCAAGAUGAGGGCUACAAAUUCAUCAGGUGUACAUCGGGUUCCUAUAAUGACUACCUGGAGCAAAUACAAAAGCUGACAGAGUAUGAUUUCACACAAGACUAUCAUGUGAAGACGAUCUUCGUGUUCUCGCCUGGCACUAAGCUGCAUGAUCACGAAUUAUAUCUAGAGAACAAGAUUAUUUUGCAAGAUAAGGCAACUGCUUUGGCGGUGCACCUUCUCGCGCCGCCGCCGGGAAGCGUCGUUUUGGAUUUGUGUGCGGCGCCCGGCAUGAAGACUACGCAACUCGCAGCUUAUAUGAGAAAUGAGGGCAAAAUCUAUGCAGUGGAAAGAGACAAUAAAAGAUAUCAGACUCUAUGCCAGUUAGUGGAGGCGACCGGAUCCAAGUGCGUGCAAACUCUAUGCAAAGACUCCUUGCAGAUUAGAAGGGGUGACCUGGAUGAUGUGGAGUACAUCCUUCUUGAUCCAAGUUGUUCAGGAUCUGGUAUGGACCUCAGCGUACACAGCUACGUCGAAGAAACUCGGAUUUCUAAACUCACUUCUUUACAAGAGAAAUUCUUGAAACACGCAAUGAAUGCAUUUCCGAACGCAAAAAGAAUAGUAUACAGCACAUGCUCCAUAUUUCCCGAAGAAAAUGAGAGGGUAGUUACAAAUAUCGUUAAAGCUUCAAGAGCUAAAUGGAGAGUUAAAGAUGUAAGAGAGCUUCUUAAGGGCCAGUGGAAUAACUUCGGUUCGGGGAUGUAUGGAAGUAUGGGCACUAGAUGCCUCUACGCUAAAGCCGAAAGUGAUUUUACAAUCGGUUUCUUUCUGGCAGUCUUAGAUAGAGGUUUUAGAGAUAGUGAAAAUAAACAAGAUGAAAAUAAAGUGGCCAACGAUCAUGGUGAGAAAUUUAAAGAUAAAAUUAAAAAACGUGGAGAUGGAAAUGAUACCAACAAUGAAAAACAUGAUGCAAGAGAUGAUCAAGAAAAACAACAGACCAAAAAGAAACACAGAGACAGUGAAUAUCAUAAUAAAGAAGAUGGACCAAAUCUUGAAGGGUUUGUUGAAGGUAUGAAUGAAGAAAAUAAUAUUCCAAAAAACAAGAAGAAAAAGCGUAAUAAAGUUAGUGAAAGUUCUGUUCAAAAUGAAGAUUCGCAUAAUAAAACUACUAACAAUAGUGAUGAAAUAAAUGAAAAAAUUGGAAAAAACAUUGAUAUUCCAAAUUUGAAAAAGAAAAAACGAAAAUCCAAAAUGAAAGACGAGGACAAUGAAACGAUUAUAAAUAUAUCUCUAAAUGAAAAUGCAGAAAGUACAGAUAAACACUCAAAAUUAAAAGAUAAAGAAGAAAAUAAUGACAAUUCCAAUCUUGUUGAUUUUAAAACAGAUAGCACAAAUGAUAAAAAGAAAAAGAAACGCAAACAUCUUGAAGAACCUGAAACUUCAGACACCAAAACAUUAUUAAAUAAAAAUGACGAUGAAAGAGAAAGGCCAAAAGAGAAAAAGAAAAAAUGCAAAGAAAAUAAAACUGAAUCUUUGGAAGCUGUAAAAAUACCAGUUAUAGAUAUUUCUACAGAAGUAGAUAGUAGGAAUACUCCAGGAAACAGCGAUAUACUUGAAAAUAAUUACGAAUCAGAAAUGCUAAAAAAGAAAAAGAAGAAACACAAAGAUCGCAUAAAUGAACCUAAAGAAGUAUUAGAAACAGUUAACAACAUUUCUAGGGAAAAAGAGGACUUUACAGAAAAUAUGAAUGAUUCUCAAAUUGAAGACGAAACGGAAAAACCAAAAAAGGUAAAAAAGAAACGCAAAGAAAGAGACAAUGAAUCUUUAGAAUAUGUUAAAGAUAUUUCUUCAGAUGUAGAGCAAGGAAAAACUUCUGAAAAAGCAAAGAAAAAGAAAAAUACUUCACAAUAACUUUCUUGGUUUUCUUAACUUUCUUUUCUUUCACUAUAAUUUUUACUACCAUUUUUUUAUGUAUAAGUUUGUUAUU